UAUUCCAAAACUGUCACUAUCCAAAAUUUCGUAAUAUCGAGAUAAUAACGCCAUCAGUUGAUCAAUUUCUAACUAAAAAGAGCCGCAUUGACACUUUCUUAAAAAUGCCAAAAACUACUGCUAGAUGGCAGUAGUCUCUUUUGCCACUAAACAAAAUUCCCCACCCCGCGCAGUGCUAGACUGACGCUUAACACGAAAACACGUGUCGCCCGUACCAGAAUAGACCGUUGUUGAGCGACAAACCGACACUUUGGUCAUUAAGUCAGUUUUUCGGUGCCAUCAUUGGUUUUUUUUAAAAUGCAUCGAAGAGACAAAUUGUUGAAACUCGCUCUGGAUCUUCAGGCAGAAAAUAGCGCAGAACCAUCGACCUCGCAGAAAUCUCGCAGGGUAAGCUGCUCAUCUUCUCAGAGUUCAUCUUCCUCGAGCAGUUCUUCGUCUUCAAGUAGCGCUGCUUCUACAAUUGGCUCCUAUGUUUCGGGGUCAAUAAAAUCUUCAGAUAACAUUUACCGUCCCAUCGCCAAUUCACUAUUACAAAGAAAAGUAUUUGAAUCUUUGCCAAGCACAUCUAAUCUACAAAAACAUGUAACUAAUCAAACUGAAUUACCAAGACAAAGAUCAUUAAGCACCGGUUCUAGGUCUUCUACCCUUUCUUCAAGAGCAGGUGAUUUUUCACCUGACGAUAAUGAUUCUGAUUAUAACCCUGUCCCUGAUAGAAUUAUCGAUGAAAGCUCUGACAACGAGCAAGAAAAUUUAAUAAUAUUACCACCAAAGAAAAAACGGAAGGGUAUUAUAAAUUCUAAAAAGCUAAUAGCUAAACAAUUACGUAAUUCAGGCAAAGAAUACGUUUCUUUAUCAAAAUCAAAAAAAAAUGUGCCCCAGAGAAGCAUGGGACCGCCUUGUUCAGAACGAUGUCGUUUGAAAUGUUUCGAUAAAAUUAAUGAUGGUGACAGAACGAUUAUUUUUGGUUUAUAUUGGGCAAUGGGUUGUGUUACUCGACAACGGGAUUUUAUCAGUAAGAACUUGACUGUUAUUAAACCAAAGUAUAGUUACAAAAAAGAAAAUAGCAAUCGUAAACCAAAGCAUGGUUUCCACCUAACAGUAAAUGGUAAACAAAUACGGGUGUGCAAAAUAUUCUUCAAAAACACUCUGGGGAUUAAUGAUAGACCUAUCAGAACUGUCUUAGAGAAGUUGUGUGAUAGCGGAAUGGUAGAAUCUGACAAAAGAGGCAAACACGGAAAUCAAGUAAAAGUUGUUGAUGAAGUGAUACAGGGUAUAAAAAGUCAUAUUGACUCCAUUCCUCGUAUAGAAAGCCACUACUUAAGAAAACAGACUAGUAGAGAGUACAUCGACGGAGGUAAAAGUUUAUCUGAUUUGUAUAGAGAUUAUAGAAAACUCUGUGAAGAAGAAGGAAAGCCAGCUGGCGAAAUACACACUUAUCGUAAGAUAUUUCACAAAGAUUACAAUAUCAGCUUUUUUAUUCCAAAAAAAGACAUGUGCGAGUUUUGUACAUCUUACGAAAAUAUGAGUCAAAUAGAAAAAGAAACUAACGAGUUGAAGUAUCUAGAACAUCACACAGAAAAAGAACUAAGUCGAAUUGAGAAAAAUGAAGACAAACAAAAGGGGCAAAAAAGUUACGUGGUUGCAUGUUAUGAUUUACAGGCGGUUUUACCGCUUCCUAUGGGUAAGACCUCAAGUUUCUACUACAAAUCAAAGUUAAAUGUAUGUAACUUUACGAUUUGUGAACUUAACAAAGACAACAGUUAUUGUUAUGUUUGGAGUGAAGUAGAUGCUUUGAGAGGAGCCAAUGAAAUUGGCUCAUGCGUCUUAAAGUUUAUUACAGAAAAAUGUCAAACAGUCGAUGACCCGAAUUUGGAAAUUAUAUUUUAUUCUGACAAUUGUUGUGGUCAACAGAAAAAUCAAUUUAUGUUUAGCUUGUACAUGUAUGCUUUAGCUAAUUUGUCAAUUAAGAGCAUUACCCAUAAAUUUUUAAUAUCGGGCCACACUCAAAAUGAAAAUGAUAACGUUCAUUCUGUAAUAGAAAAAUCUGUUAAAAAAUUUCUUAAAUCAUCUCCAAUUUUCGUUCCUGACCAGUACAUUACUUUAAUACAGACGGCUAGAAAACGAGGUAAUUCAUACAAUGUCAACGCUAUGUCAUAUUCCGAUUUUUAUAAUUUAAAAGAUUUUGUUCAGCAAUGUGGCAUUAAGUUUAAUAAAAAUACUGAUGGAGAUGCAGUUAGACUAUCUGAAAUUAAAAUAAUAAAAUUUGUCAAAGAAGAUAACGGAGCAAUAAAAUAUUUUAUAAGACUUCGUUUACAGAAGAUCAUUUUUAUGAGAUUGAACAAUGUAGACAAACACGGUCUAGGCGCACAAUUAACUGUGUCGGGUUUCCUUUGA